AUGCCGAUCCCAGAAUCCCAGAAAACAGAUGAUCUUCAAAAAUGUGCAAAUUUGCAAAAGAUUUAUUGUUAUUGCAGUGAGAUUUCCAGGAUUGAAAAUCUGGAAGCUCUAAAAAAGUUUAAUCUACUUUGGUUGAAAAUAAAUUGUUUAAAACAUUCACAGAGCUCACAUACUCCACAGAAUUUGCAAGAGGUCAACCUCACUGGGAAUUUAGGAAAAAUAAGAAGGCUCCUGCCAUAUGUGGAUCAGCUGGAAUGUGAAUUGAACAAGAUGCAAAUAUUGGAUGAAAUAUCAAAUAGUAAAUCUCUAAGGAGCAAUCUGGAAACAGAAAAUUCAGUUCAUGGUAAGGAAGACACAGAAAAUGCAUUGUUGAAAAGGCAGUCUCACAAAAAAAUAAAUGCACUAGAGGAAAGAAUAAUAUUCUGGGACAGAAAACUGAAAUAAAUUUUAAAAUAUUCCAAAGUAGAAAUGAAGAAAAGCUUUGUUUUGGUAGUACAAUUCUUGCUGGCAUAAUUGGAAACAGUGGGAAACACUCACUUUGAAGAAGACAUUGGAUGUUUGUUCGAGCUGCAGAGUAUCAUGGGAAUGAAAAUAAAAUGCAUAUUUAGAGUGCCCAAUGAAAUUCUGAGCCUGAAAUUCAAGGAGAAGUUUCAGGUAUUUCUGUAUUGUCUCUUCACACCCACUUCCCACCAGUGCCCCCCACUAGAGUUCGUGGGGACUGAGUUUCUAAAACAAGAAGCUAAGGCAGAAGGCAAAACCAGCAGGGAUCCUGAGAAGUCCUUCAAGCACGGGAAAGUGAUAAUUGCAAAAGUUUCCCUUGGCCACAGUUCUCCAGCUUGUGCAAUGAAUCCCAUUCAUCAAGCCAACUACCCAGGAGCUGAUUCAGUAUUCAGGCCAUGGAAAUGCCAAGAAAGUGAUGCGUUUGCUUCUGGCAAUGGUGCGCAUUUGGGAAUUCACAAUUCCUUGGGACAGGGGAAUUGUGACUUCAGCCACUGGCAUUGUGAGAGGCUUGUGUUUGACCAAGAGCUGGUCCUGCCAGAAUACACUGCUGGAUUUUACUCAAAACCAGCAUCUGUGUCCAAUAUAACUGUGGAAGAAGAAGAGAAAAACACAAAAAGAUUUAUUCUGUCUUAUGAUUUGUAACAUGAUGAUGAUGUUUUGAACAUGGAACUGACAGUAAAGGUCAGGCCUCAGACUGCUGAAAUGAAAAAAGCCCACAAUAUUUACAAAUACAGCCUGUGGAAGAAAAACCCAGAAAUUCCAGAGGCAAUUUUAAGGAAGAGGAGAAAGAGGAACAGCCUGAGCACAGUGCAGGACAUCUCUAGACUUAAAAACACCUCUAGCUUAAUGAGCUAUAAUGGAUUUGCUUCCUUAAAUAAUAUUUAUGACCUGUUUUAUGUGAAUCACAACCAUGUGAUCACUUUUGAGGGCAUCAGAGGCUUAAACAAAGUGUACCUCUUCAACCUGAGAUGGAACAGCUAAAAAAAGCCCAGGGAGGAUAAACACAUUUUACAAAAACACACUACUAACAUAGUCAGUCUUAACAUCACACACAACCCAUGGCACAAGCCAGCCUCACUUCAGCUGAGUGUCACUGGGCAGUUCAAGGCUCUCACUGACCUGGAUCGAGUCCUGAUUUCUUCUGAAGAAGUCACAGAAGCAUCACAAUACAUUGCAGGAUCAAAGAUGAAUGAGGCUGUGGAUGUGGUGUUUGCAGACCAGUUUAGAAAUGUCCACAGUGUGAAUUUACAGAACCACAAUCUCAUGUCUUUCUGUGGUUUAAUCUUCCUCCCUAGUGCCAAGGGAUUAUGGCUGAGCUACAGUCAGAUUGAAUCAAUACUGCCUGGACAAAGGCUCCCAAAUCACGGUUCAUUUACUCAUUUCUGCACGUAUAAGGCAACAUCCAUCAUCAAACUCAGCUUCAUCAACUCAGACAAGUCUCACAAAGUCACCAUGCAGAAUUCCCUCCAUACUAUGAAUUCACUCUGUGUAUUGGUCAAGUUUUACAGAAUUGCAAAUUCACCAGGGGACUCUGGAUUUCCUGGAAUGCCAACAAACUUUCCAAGACAUCAUCCUCUCAGAACAACAAAUGGGAACCUGAAUGAAAACAUUUACCACUUAUUUGGCUCUGAUCUUAUACUUGGUCAUGAACAUCAAGAGCAUCUUCUCAAUAACUCAAAUGAAAAUAAGUCUAAGAACCUGGGAAUUACAACAAAUAAUCUAUGAAGCAUCCAUGUGGAAAGAGCUCUUGGGCAAGCCAAAGGAGCAGCAACUAAUCUUCUAAACCAUUUGGUGCAUCACAGUGCUGCAGCUCGAACCAGCCAACUGCACCAGGGCCACACAGAAAAUCUGGGCAUACAACCUGAGGCAUGA